CUUCCUGGAGCUCCUCUUCCCCAGGUGGCUCGGCUGAACAAAAAAAUCUCUGACUUACUGCCCAUAUUCCCGCAUUCGUCGGAACGCCCUAAACAGCAAGACAACCACCGUAGUCAUGGUUCAUCUCGCCUCCGUCCCUCAGGACCACGAGAUCAACGCAGGCACCCUGCCCGAGGCGGUGAAGAAGAUCUCCAUGCAGCUUAGUAACGAUGAAGAUCAGUUCACAACGAGUAUCUAUGGCAGCCGAUUUGCUGGCGAGGACCUGCCGAGGCACGAAAUUCCCGAGAACGAGAUGCCCCGGGACAUUGCCUACCGCAUGAUCAAGGAUGAGCUGAGUCUUGAUGGAAAUCCCAUGCUCAACCUGGCCUCGUUCGUCACUACCUACAUGGAGGAGGAGGCCGAGAAGUUGAUGACGGAGUCCUUCUCCAAGAACUUCAUCGACUACGAGGAGUACCCCCAGUCUGCAGACAUCCAGAAUCGAUGUGUCUCCAUGAUUGCGCGCAUGUUCAACGCGCCGACCAGCGACGAGAACUGCAUCGGCACGUCAUGUGUGGGUUCAUCCGAGGCCAUUAUGUUGGGCGUACUGGCCAUGAAGAGGCGCUGGAAGAACAAGAUGAAGGCUCUCGGCAAGUCCACCGAGAACCCCAACAUCAUCAUGUCAUCCGCAGUUCAAGUGUGCUGGGAAAAGGCGGCGAGGUACUUCGAGGUGGAGGAGAAGCUGGUCUACUGCACAAAGGACCGUUUCGUCAUCGACCCCGAGGAGACGGUCAACCUCGUCGACGAGAACACGAUUGGCAUCUGCGUCAUCCUCGGCACCACAUACACGGGCGAGUACGAGGACGUCAAGAGUGUCAACGACCUCCUCGUUAAGAAGGGGCUGGACACGCCCAUCCACGUCGACGCUGCCUCCGGUGGCUUCGUAGCGCCUUUUGUCAUUCCCGACCUCGAGUGGGAUUUCAGAUUAGAGAGGGUCGUCUCCAUCAACGUCUCUGGCCACAAGUACGGACUCGUCUACCCUGGCGUUGGCUGGGUAGUUUGGCGAAGUGCCGAGUAUCUCCCCAAGGAACUCGUUUUCAACAUUAACUACCUGGGGGCAGAACAGUCGUCUUUCACGCUGAACUUUUCCAAGGGAGCUAGCCAGGUCAUUGGGCAGUAUUAUCAGUUGAUACGACUUGGCAAGAAGGGCUACCGCGCCAUCAUGAGCAACCUCACUCGCACGGCGGAUUACCUUUCAUCAGCUCUUGAGGCGCUUGAUUACACCAUCAUGAGCAAGAAGUCUGGCGAAGGGCUACCGCUAGUCGCCUUCCGCUUGAAGGAAGACGCGGACCGCAAUUGGGACGAGUUUGCCCUGGCUCAUAAGUUACGGGCCAGAGGAUGGGUCGUUCCGGCUUACACGAUGGCACCACACACCGAAAACAUGAAGAUGCUCCGAGUCGUCGUGCGAGAGGAUUUUACCAAGAACAGGUGUGACGCCUUGAUCUGCGACAUCAAGCUUUGCAGUGGGUUGCUUGAUUCGAUGGACAAAGAUUCCAUCAAGAAACACGACGAGUUCGUCCGCAGACAUACCAUGCGCAGCUCCGUUUCAAAGCACAAUCACCCCGAAUACAAGAACGAGGAGCACUCUCUCCAAGGCAAGCACGGCAAGACGCACUCGAUCUGCUAGAUUUGCGAGGUAUACUGGCCAAGUUCGACGGCUAUUUGGGACUACCUCUUUCUCUUAUAGACACGAUGUAAACAUGUAGAAUCGACGAAAAAGCACAUGCUGCGUUAGACCUGUUAGCAAUACUGGGAUCACAUGGAUGACUUGUUCAAUCUCGAUUAUCUCGAUUAAAUUCAAGAACAAAGAACAAGUUAUAAAAGAAAAAAAUUUACAU